AUGGUAAGCAAAUGGCGACCAUCAUGGAUACACAAGAAGAGUUACGAGUGCGUUGUUGGCCUUUGCAACUCAUCAGUUAAAGUUGAACAGUUGCCAAAAAAGGUCCGCGGUCCGGGAGCAGACAUGUCGACGGUGGAUGUGGACGCGGUACUGGGACGUACGGCGUCUCUCCCCUGUGACGUCACUCCCGACACUAAUGAAGACAGGGUCUAUAUGGUGCUGUGGUUCCGGAAAAGUGGGGGCAAACCUAUAUAUAGUUUCGACGUCCGUGGGCGGUCUUUCAACAAGGCGCUACAAUGGUCAGACCCGGGCGCGUUUGGACCUCGAGCGUACUUCGCAACAGUGGCUCGACCAGCAGCACUCACCCUCAGCUCCGUACAACUAGACGACGAGGGCGUCUACCGGUGUAGAGUAGACUUCAAGAACUCGCCCACGAGAAACUUCCAAAUCAGACUAACUGUAAUAGUGCCUCCUCAUCAAAUGUUGCUGUACGAUAAGUCUGGCGCGGAUGUGUCUGGCGUGGUGGGGCCAUUGGAGGAGGGAGCUGCCUUGGUAUUAGUGUGUGAAGUACGGGGAGGUCGCCCGGAGCCAACAGUAUCGUGGUGGAUAGACGGGACGCCAGCCUCCCAAUACAUAGGAGUUAAGACAGACACACACGUGAUUGUCAAUCGGCUAGAGUUGCAGCAUUUGAAGAGAGAAGACCUAAAUACUACGUUUAAGUGCCGAGCUUCGAAUACAAACUUGGUCCCUCCACAAGAAAAAGUCGUCAGGCUUGAGAUGAACCUGAUUCCACUGUCAGUAUCUCUACUAAACCGGCCACAACAGCUACUGUCGGCUGCAGCAGCAACUCUUCGAUGUGUAUCAGAAGGCAGUAGACCACCAGCUCAGAUAGUGUGGUAUAAGGACAACAGAAGUUUUGACAGAAAUAUGGUGACUGAUCAUUCAAACGAGACUUGGUCGGUCAGCACGUUGGUGUUUAGUCCGAGUCCUGCUGACAAUGGAGCUAUCAUCAAAUGCGUAGCUGCCAACCCUAGCUUACCUACCAAGUCGAUAGACGACCAAAUACAGCUCAACGUUGUAUACAGUCCCCUAGUGUCGCUGACGCUCGGCAGUACACUCAACCCUCACGACAUCAAGGAAGGCGACGACGUGUACUUUGAGUGCAACGUGCGCGCCAACCCUAGAGAACAUCGCAUCUCUUGGUUCCAUAACGAUAGGCCAGUUAGUCAAAACAUGACUUCAGGCAUUAUAGUCAGCACGCGGUCGCUCGUCCUACAGAAAGUGACGCGGAAGGAAGCUGGCAGUUACUCCUGUAAGGCGGCCAACGCAAGAGGGGAGACAUCUAGCAAAGUCGUGACCUUGAGAGUUCAAUAUGCUCCAGUAUGUGGUGAAACGUCACCGCAAGUGGUGGGUGCAGCGCUCGACGAGGCAUUGCGCGUGCGCUGCUCAGUGCACGCCGACCCUGCUGACGUCACAUUUCUCUGGCAGUUCAAUAACAGCGGCGAGAGUUUCAACGUUUCACCAGCUAGAUACGGUACAGUAAAUGGGAGUAUAAGCGAGCUACGGUACACACCAGCCAGCGAGCGCGACUACGGCGCGUUGACCUGCCGCGGCACCAACACUGUGGGCAGACAGGCGCAACCUUGUGUCUUCCAAAUUGUUCCAGCUGCUCGUCCGUCUCCGCCGAGGAAUUGUACAGUGUCUGCUGGCAAUGGAUCCAAUUGGAUCGAGGACUCGAGCCGGGAGGACUAUGGCGAGCCUCUAACUGUUCGCUGCGUCACAGGCUAUGAUGGAGGUCUGCCUCAGCUGGUAGUGUUAGAAGCAUUGGAUUCAGAAAAUGGGAAGAUCAGGUUCAACGUUACGGCUAAUGAGACUGAUGGAGUUGCCAUAUUCCUUGUACCAGCCGGGGUUUUAUGGUCGAGCGGCAGUGCACUCAGGCUGACGGUGCAUUCGAGGAAUGAUAAAGGAGCUUCAGACCGCAUCAUGUUGCACGCACUUGCAUAUCAAGACCCUGAAAGAAGAACAGAUGGUGGCAACAGUCUAAUGGCUGGUGUCUCGAAAGCUGCUUUCUGGUCGAUUAUCUUCACUGCCAUAAUUUGCGGAUGCGCGGCCAUUUUCACAGGAUAUUUUCUUCGAAGAAAAAGGGCUGAUGUUCUGCCACGUAUCGUGGUCUCAGUCUGGAGUAAGAGACUCGCCGCCCGACCAGAACCAGACCCCAGCGUACGGCGCGUAGUGUUCCGCGCGCGCCUCAAAGACCCAAUAGACCACCACAGACGGGGCCCCAUAGGGCUGAUGUUCAGCCGGGGUUGCGGGGUAAGCGCAAUGAGGUACCGCGACCUCGGCCCAGAGCAGGAGAAGGAACAGGGGGUAUUCACCAAUACAUAUUGUAUUUUGUCCAGAAGUAAUCCUCCUACAAAGCAACAGUCGUCUGAGCUUCAACUGAACGCAGGCGACGGACAGUACGUGGUGGCCUACACACUUAAGCCACCCAAACAAGCUCAGCCGGAUAUAUUGAACCCGCCGCCAGACGGGGCGCCGCCGAGCGCGAAGUGUGUUGCAGAGGCGGCCGCGAAAAAUGGCGCUCUCCACCCAACCGAGGAGUGGGGGAGCGAACGCGCCAGCGCAGCGCUUGACGAUCAUCGACCCGUACUGUCGCCGAAGGCAGUUUUAAAUAAGCCACCUGUACCACUAGGCGCGAUGACGUUAAGUAGGAGAGAGCAUCUUAUAGCUGAAGAGAUACCAGGUCCAGAGAGUUGUGUAUAA